AUGACUGAACUAAGAGAUAAUUAUGAAAAAGCUCAACGAAAAACUCGACAACAAGGUUUCUAUGAUCAAUAUUCAUCAUCAUACAAUGAUUCACAUUAUUGGCAUGGAAAUAAUUCAAAUUCAUAUGAUUUUUAUGGUUCAACAUCGGCGGAAAUUCCUCAAUUUCAACAUCCAUCUCAUACACUUUUACAACAAAAUAGUUUUACUCAACAAGUUUAUCUUAAAUAUAAACAAGAGUAUCUUGAGGGUGUGGGUGUGGGUGUGGGUGUGGGUGUGGGUGUGGGUGUGGGUAUGGGUGUGGGUGUGGGUGUGGGUGUGGGUGUGAGUGCCACUAAAGAGAACGCUCAUACCCCACAUCCACCACCACCCCCCCCCCCACACACACCCAUACCCACACCCAUAUCCUCACCUACAUCCACCACCCACACCCACCCACACACCCAUACCCACACCCAUAUCCUCACCUAUAUCCACACCCACACCCUACAGCCAUAUUUUUUCAAGUAUGUUUCGACGAUUUCAUGUAAAAAAUGCAUUACACAAAAAAAAGUACAGAGCAAAAAUAUGGUAGCAUAAGAAUCGAGGAAUUUUUGUUGUAUUUUUGCAAAACCAACAUUACCUGUUAGUAUUGUAAGGAUAAAGAACAUGAAAUUUAUUAAAAGAAGAUACGCUAUUGUUUGAAUGAAUUAAAGAUGAGCUGAAGAAGAAAAGUACAACGUGUUAGAACGAAGACAUUUACGAUAGUGAUGAUAAAAAUAAACGUCAUAUUGAUAUAGUAUAGGAUUAAAAAAAACAAAGUAGAAGUUGCGUUUCAAAGGAAGCAAGCAAAAACCUUACCUGAAAAAUACAAAUAGUCGAAAUCAAAAAAAAACAUGACAUAAACUUUCAAAAUUUAUUUAUCUAAGAUUAGUCUCGUCGUUUAUUACAAGAGGAUUUUACGAAAAUUCUUUUGUGAAAUCAAACCAAAACAAAUGUCUCGAUGAUUUCAAUGCCAAAAGUCACGUUCCAUUGAUCAAGCAAUUACACAACAGUGGACUCCACAUGCACAUUUUGGGCCACAACAUCCACAACUGUUCAAUGGAUAGUCAUUUUCAUAGAUCAGAGGAAAGCCUUUAUCAUCAACACCGUAUUGUAAAUAGGUGAAGACGUGUGCAUCUAUGUGUAGAUAAACAUACAUGUAAAUUAUUCCGUUUUUUUCUGGAUGAAAGAAUGUACUACAGAGAAAUAUUUGACUGUCGGUGUAAGCAAAUCAAAAACAGCAUCGAUGAAUCGCUGAAAAUUAAUGUACGAUAUGUGAGAAGAAGUUAGACUACUUGUAAUUGGGGAUGAAAAAUUCAUAUAUAUUAUUAAUCUCCAAUGAUAAUGUAGUGAAUCCUACUACUAGUGAAAGCUAUUAUUAAAAUACACUUUUUCUCCUUUCUGCAAGAAAGGAUCUACCAAACAAAAAUUGUUCUGUUUGUCUGUCCAAUCAAUCAGGAAGGAGUAUCCAUCUAUCAUUGAAAAAGUAACUCAUACCUUCUCAAAAGAAACUCCACCAAAAGUAAUUGGCAAUUUCAACCAGUAGUAAGAGUUAGAACUCAAAUAACGUUUUUAUUAGGUUCGUAAGAAAUUUUUGUCGUUUUUUUAAUCCUCUAAAAUAUUCGCUAAGCUUCCAGAAGUUGCCAUACCUAGGGUAUAUAUAUAUAGGGGGCACGAAUAUCUUGCGAACAACAACAAAACUACUAAUGUCCAUUUCAGAGUUAAAUGGCCGUGGGCAUUUUUUGUAUAACUUUAAAACAAAAAGAGAGAAAUGAUUCGGGCUUUCAGCACUAUCUAGAGUCGAUAUUACUGCAUCUUUUUAUAAAGUCCACGAAAAAAGCCAGUUGCUUUUCUUAUGGGAUACAGCAUUGGUUUUAAAGAUGAGCUUAAUUCCCUUUGAAAAUAAUACGUUUUCUAAACUAUAAUAUAAUGAGUAGAUAGCCUAGCCUUGCCUCUAUCGAUCAGCAAAAGUCCGAGGUCGAUAGCUAUUUCCCUUCAAAAGAUAUAAAGAUUUUACUGAAUGCUACUCAGCAAAAUUUUUCAAAAUCUAAGCAAUGGAAGGAUUUGUACUAAUAAACGAAUUGAUUGACCUUACUCGGGUCAAAUGAUCACUUUCACCAAGAAACUAACGAAUUUAAAAUAUCACGUACUUAUGGCGUGCCUGGCCAGAGAUCCUUGAAUUUCAAGAUAUGUCAAAUUUAGCUGUAAAAAUAAAUCAGGACAGGUUUUCUCCACUAUUGUAAGGACAAAACAUAGUGUUGUUCGGGCUGAUUAGGGGAUUUGGAGGGAUCUUCUUUCAGGUGACCUGAAGAGUACCAUGUUUUGUCCUGACAAUAGUGGAGUCACCGUUUAGCUGAUUCAUUGUUAUACCUAA